CUCCAAGGAAACGGAAGCUGCUCACCCUCUCCACAGCAUCGCCGUUGAUGGUGAUGGGGGUGUGUAUUCCUCUGCACCUCCGGAAGUCCAUUAUCAUCUCCUUUGUCUUUGCGCCGUUGAGGGUGAGACGGUUGUCCUGACACCAGUGGGUCAGGGCGCUGAUCUCCUUGUCAUGGUUUUUUCUCUAUUUAGAUAUUUGACCCACAUACAAGAUAACUCUCAAGAGACCAGGAGAUGUAGUAAAAAAGUUUAUUAGAGGAGAGCGGAGGCAGGGAUGGGCUGGUUCCGGAGCUAGAGAUUGGAUCAAGAGAUUUGGUUGUAGCGGAGCGUGGGAGAGGUGAGCCGGUACCGGGGCUGUGGGUAGAUGUGGAGGUUCGGAGCAGUGAGGCGGGUUGUUGGAGGGUGAACAGGAGACGCACGGGAGGAGAACAGAGCCAGGGAGGAUUCAGCCGUGGUUCAGGAGAUCCGGGAGCUGCAGAGGCUGGUAUGAGACUUCCACACAAAGGUGUAAUCCGGAACGGGUUCUAGGAAUCCUGUGAUGACAGACAGAGGUUUCAGGGAACAGACUAGAAUAAGAUCAGAUAACAGGAACAGAUUCAGGUGGCUGGACGUUACCACUAAGGCAAACAAUCUGGCGCUGAGUGGCUGGUUCACUGGCUCCUUUAUUCCUCCCGUCUAAUUACAUGAUGGGCUGCAGGUGAGCAGGGUGACUCUGCAGCCGAGGUAAUUAGCUGGAUGAAGUCUCCUUAAGAGUCUCCCUAGCCCUCCAACAACCUGUGAAGAAGAAAUAUGAACCCACAAACCCAGUACCUGACACUCCUCCCUGUAGGCCGUCUCAUCAUCGUUGGUGAUGAGACCUACCACUGUGGUGUUGUCCACAAACUUCACAAUGAUGUUGGAGUUUCUUGUGGCCGUGCAGUCGUGGGUGUAGAGUGAGUACAGGAGCGGGCUCAGCGCACACCCCUGCGGAGCACCAGUGUUCAGUGUGACGGGGGAUAAGGUGGUGCUGCCCAGUCUGACCACCUGGCGUCUGUCAGACAGAAAAUUAAGGAUCCAGCUGCAGAGGGAGCUGCUCAGUCCUAGAUCCUGCAGUUUCCUGUACCGCUGGAUUAGUGUUCUUGCUCUGUGAAAUGCUUUCAAGCUGGCAGGCUUGGGCAAAAAAGAAAAACCCAAAAAAACAAUAAUGACUUCACAAAUGCAGCAGGGUUCAGCAUUCAAUGUGCAGAAUGACAUUUCAGAUGAUGCAGAAAUAAAUAGACUUUUACGAUACAUCGUCCUUCCAGUUCUUUGCUGUCUUCUAAGGCUUGAUCAGAUCUUGGUUUUCUCGUUUCAGUUCAGCCUAUGAUGUUGUCUUAAGACAGAAGGUUGCCGUGAAGAAGCUGUCCAGACCUUUUCAGUCUCUCAUCCACAGCCGCCGCUCCUACCGGGAACUUCGGCUUCUGAAGCACAUGAAACAUGAAAAUGUAAUAGGGUUGCUGGAUGUCUUCACACCUGCAGCAACGUUAGAAGCCUUCAACGAACUCUACCUGGUGACCAAUUUGAUGGGUGCAGAUCUUAAUAACAUCGUAAAGUUUCAGAGGUUGUCAGACGAGCAUGUGCAGUUUUUAAUUUAUCAGCUUCUCCGUGGCCUCAAGUACAUCCAUUCAGCCGGACUGAUCCACAGAGAUCUCAAGCCAAGUAAUGUGGCUGUAAAUGAAGACUGUGAGCUGAGGAUUCUUGAUUUUGGACUAGCCAGACAGACGGAUGAUGAAAUGACUGGCUAUGUAGCAACUCGUUGGUAUAGAGCUCCAGAGAUCAUGCUGAACUGGAUGCACUACAACCAGAAUGUUGAUAUUUGGUCAGUGGGGUGCAUUAUGGGAGAACUACUGAAGGGAAAAGUGCUUUUUCCUGGCACGGACUAUAUUGACCAGCUGAAGAGAAUCAUGGAAGUGGUUGGGACUCCAACACCACAGCUGCUAAAGAAGAUCUGCUCAGAACAUGCUCAGAAAUACAUCCAGUCCCUUCCCUUCAUGCCUCCUCAAGACAUGGAAAAGAUCUUUAAAGGAGCAAACCCACUAGCUGUUGAUCUCUUGAAACGCAUGUUGGUUCUGGACUGUGAUGAAAGGAUUUCAGCCAACGAGGCUUUGUCCCACCCCUACUUCUCACAAUACCACGAUCCUGAUGACGAGCCAGAGGCCAUGCCUUAUGACCAGACGCUGGAGAGCAAAGAUCGAACUCUAGAAGAAUGGAAAGAGUUGGUAUUCGAAGAGGUGAAAAGCUUUAAAGCAGCUGGUAGCAAGACUGAGAGCCUUCAGGUGGAGCAGUGAGGAUCUCAAUACUUCUUCUGUCUCAUCUGGAGAAGGACUAUAUACUCUUUUUUCUUCAGUGAGACUGUGGAAAAAGGUGAAAUGACUAUUGUUGGUUACCCAUCACAAAUCAGCUAUAGACCUCAGUGGAUCAGACUCACACAUUCCAAACAAAAUGCACAAAUGAGCGUCUCCGGUGCAGAAAGUUGCUUCCUGUUAUGUUUCCAUUUACCGAAGCUAAAAUAAGGAACCUGUUGAGGAACACAGAGGAUGACGUGACUCAUUCGAGGGAGCAAAGUGAUGUUACUGAACUCUUACCGUUGAGAGAAAUAAAACAAUGCUUUCUGGGAUCUCCAAAGCAAAGGCAGGCAUGCUGAUCCUCUUUCAUCAACACAAUAAACUGUGAUUUCAUGUAUGGAAUUUAUGUUUAAAGGCUGCUUGCAUUUCACCGUUGCAUGAUUUAUGGGCAUAUCAGUGUCACUGCAUAUAACUGGUACUGUAUUGUAAUCACUACUAGUCCAUAUUGCUUCAUUAGUAUUGAAUCCAACUGAGGUUAAAAAGAGAGAGGCAGGAUCUGGUCAGCGCUGCUGCUCUUCCUCUUCUCCUCGCGUUAGUGUAAACACCACCUGUGCUGUUAAUUACCCAUGUAUUUUAAAUAUACCAAAGCUGGAAGAGAGGGACUGCAUUGAGGAUACGAUUUGAUUUCAGACAAUUUAUUUCAUAUACAGAUUGUGUUGAUUGGUGGUUGCCUGUUGGAUGUGGAAUCUCUCUUUUAGGUUUUCACCCAUCCUGGCUGUCUUACAACCCUCGUAGUGAUGAUGAAAAGGAUUUGCCCUCUUAUUGAUUUGUUCUGUCAGCUAUUAAAUGAUGAUUCCAGCUUUCUCCUAUACUAAAAAAAAGGUACAGACCCCUGAACUUAAUAACUAAUUGUAACCCACUUGGCACAACUGCACUCAAACAUUUUUGAUAACUGGUAAUGAGUCUCACUGUGGAGGAUUUUUGGGCUGCUGUACUUGUUUUAAUUCAGCCGUAUUAAUCAGGGGAACAAUUACUUAUUGACAAAAAUCAUGCUGGUUCAGAAAGUUUUGUUCCUUAAUAACUUAAGUCAACUUUUGAAAAUUGUCAUUUUUAUUUACUCAGGUUAUCUUAGUCUGGUAAUGAAAAAUGUGUGCUGAUCUGAAACACAAUGAAAAAAAAAACAAUAAAUCUGCAAGAGGCUAAAUACUUUUUUCCAACACUGUAUAUGUUUACAAUGCUUAAGGAUGCUUAGAGACUGUUUUACAUGUUGAAGUUCUGUCCAGGCAACAUCUGGUUAAAAUACCACCAGCUUUGAGCUGCAUGAAGCCGAUGUUUGGCAGCAACUAUUGAGCUCAUUAGUUUCUGGUUUGCCUGUCUGGUUUGUCCUUCUGUCCCUAAAUGCUUGGCUGUUAUCAACGUGCACAUCGAUUAGUGAUACAAGUAGACCUACUGGCCUUUGGUUCUUUAUCUGGAUUUCUACUUUUCAACAAUGUUGUAAAUCAUUUUUCUCCUAAUGAAGCAAAGCAGCAACCAGUCAUGUGACAUUUGUAUACUGAGCACAAGUUAAGGACAAAUGCAGGCAUGUACACCAAAUGAACCACGCGAUGAGCUGCUACUUCUAAACAAAGGUAGGGUGAUUUUAUUCCUGUUUGGUUUUCCCACAACAUUAUUAUGCUGUUAGACCGCAUCUAUGGUAAUUAAAUACACGUGGCCUUUUACGUAUUUUUCAUGAUGACAUCAUUUAACGACUUUCAAACAACAUGGGCAGCCAUUGGUGACUUUCCUAUCUGGGUAGUUGGCAGAUGCACGGUUAAGUUAUUACACAAAAUAAACUAAUUUAAGCUCUGUAGAAAACACAAACAAGGCUAAUAUGGGAGCUACAUUUUAGCAUUUUUGUUAACCUAGUUAAUCUAGUCAGAUUUACUAACAAAUCUAAAAAAAAUUAACUGAAAGUCACAGCACGAUACUGAAGCUGGAGAGGAAUUUUUAUGAGCUAUUAUGUAAUUUAAAAAGUGUACGUUUUCUAGGUUGAUUGUUUUGCCUAAAUGUCUUUAUAAUGUGAUUUAUUGCUUAUAAUAUUCUACAGAGCUUAAAACUGUUGUUAAAUAAAUACAAAACAAUGAGUUUUGUAAAGAAAUUGAUGCAAGUUAAUAUUAAAUAAGCAUUUUAAUGCAUAAUUUCUAAUUGUCCUAUAAAAACAUCCCCAUCAUCUCAGUAUUUCUUAUAUAACUCAUCUGCUAAAAUUAUUGCUGUCUCACUGAAACUUUUGCACAACUACAUAAACUUUUUGUAAACAAAUUAUCACAGAAAAUAAAACGCAAUCUUGGUAUUUUCUCUGUUUUUCUUUACACUGGAGUUCUGCAAGUAGCUUUUUGUGAAGGAGUUCACGAACACUUGGUGCAAAAUGUUGACUUGACCCGUCUCAGUCCGUGUUGGAGCUCUGAGCGCUCUCCUGUUUUGUGCUUCUCUGAAUGUUGUAUGUGAUGGUUCUGAGUAGCAAAUACUACAUGAAUGUAUAUGUAUACUGUGUGUAUGUUGCAAGUUAGUGGUGAUGUCUGAGUACACGUUGGCAUGUGACUUAACUGUAUAGGUUUGAAAUCACUAAACUGAAUGACCGCCGUUGUUGUGGGAAUGCAGAGGAUUUUUUAAAAACAUGUAUGAAACCUGGCUUUGAUAGAAUAAACACGAUAGAUUAUCUUUGCCUUUAA